CAGAUGAAUGGAGAAAGGUGCGUUUAAAUCCUCCUGUGCUGCUAGUGUUUGAAGUAGAACACAAAUAUGAUGGAGAUGAUUGGGAGGCACAAAAGCGGAAAACGCAACAGAGCCUUUGAGGCCCAGGAGGAAGUGUACGUCGACAUGGACUCCAACACUGAUGAAGAUGCUGAGAAAAAUUCAAACCGACACAACUACAGUUUACUGCUGAUGAGGAAAGUAGCACUACUGAAACACUUUUGCGUCCAACACCGAGACACUUUGGAACUGCUUCUAAAGUUGCUUGUCGUCGCAUGUUGGGUUGCCGCAGUGAUCGUGGCCUGCGUGCUGAACUUCCGUCGGGCUCUCGAGAUGCUGGUCAUCUCCUUAAUGGUGCUCUUCUUCGUCGUCUGGGAUUGGAUGAUGGGGCGUUAUGGCGACCGGAUAUGGGAGGGGCUGCUUCCUGUCAGGGAGCUGGUCAGCAGACACUGGAUUCGGAUCAGAUGGCUGAUUUACGCGUGUGUGCUGGUGGGCCUUGUGUGCUGGCUGGUACUGGACACAGCCAAACGAGGAGAAAGACAACUUAUGUCUUUCUUUGGUUUGCUGCUCCUCAUCUUUCUCAUGAUGCUUUUCUCCAAGCAUCCUUUCAAUUGGUCCUGGCAAGUGUUGUUCUGUGGACUUGGGCUGCAGUUUGCCUUUGGGCUUCUUGUUCUCAGGACCUCCUUUGGCUUUAAAGCACUGAACUGGCUCGGCCAACGUGUUGAGAUCUUUAUAUCCUACACAGAUGUUGGUUCUCGUUUUGUCUUUGGAGAAAAACACGAGGUGCACUUCUUCAUCUUCAAGGUGAUGCCGAUCUUGGUUUUUCUGAGCGCUGUCAUUUCUAUGCUCUACCACCUGGGCUUCAUGCAGUGGCUUGUUUGCAAGAUUGGCUUCAUCAUGCAGGUUACCAUGGGAACGUCUCCGGUCGAAUCGAUGGCCGCAGCUGCAAAUAUCUUCUUGGGGCAGACAGAGACCCCCCUCUUGAUUCGACCCUACAUCCAUGAGCUCACCCUGUCCGAGAUCCACGCCGUGAUGACGGGAGGCUUCGCCAGCAUCGCCGGCACCCUCUUGGGAGUUUUCAUCUCCUUCGGGGUGGAAGCUACGCACUUGAUGACCGCAUCGUUGAUGUCUGCUCCCGCCUCGCUGGCCAUCUCGAAAAUGUUCUGGCCAGAAACAGAGACGCCGAGGACAAAAUCAAUUGACGUCAAAAUCGAAGGGGAAUGUACCAACAUGCUGGAGGCAGCGUCGCAAGGGGCCAUCUUUGCAGUGAGUCUGGUGGCCAAUGUGGUGGUCAACCUUUUGUCCUUCUUGGCUCUGGUGGCUUUCUUCGACGCCACCAUCUCCUGGCUGGGGGGCAUGUUUGACUACCCGCAGCUCAGCUUCUCGCUGAUGUGCUCGUAUAUCUUCAUGCCCUUGGCGUUCAUUAUGGGAGUUUCGUGGGAGGACAGCUUCGUGGUGGCCGAGUUGGUGGGCACUAAGACCUUCCUUAAUGAGUUUGUGGCCUAUCAGAAGCUGUCGGUGUUGAUCAAGAAGCGCAAGGCUGGCGGGCCGGAGUACAUCAACAACGUAAAACAAUACAUUUCUGUCCACUCUGAAACCAUUGCCACAUACGCCCUGUGCGGCUUUUCCAACUUGGCCUCGCUAGGCAUGUCAAUAGCAGCGAUAACGUCAAUGGCUCCGGAGAGACAAAGCGACAUCUCCUCUUGUGGCAUCCGAUCCCUGAUCGCAGGCAGCGUUUCCUGUUUUGUGACGGCCUGUGUCGCAGGCACACUGUACAUCCCUGAACUGGAGUGCCCACACUACCUCAGCAGCACAUUCAACAGCACUAAUGUGACAGUAGCAACACAACUGCUCACCUGCUGCACACAACUUUACAAUAGCGUGAAGGUGCAUGAGCCAUGGAACUACACCUUGAAGGAGUUCAGUGUGAGCAGUUUGCAAGGGUGCUGCUUGCUCACGCCAUCUUUGUCACACUUCAACUGUAGCUGGCUGAUUUGAUGCUGCUUUGACGGUCCCAACCAACGGGGGCAUUGAACGCUGGAGAAAAAUGGGAAGACUUUCCGAGAGGGCCAAGUACUGUAUGUAGGCGGCCUGUAGGAGCCCCGAUCGUCAUACCAGCCCAUAACAUAAUCAUGACCCAUAAUGUCGUACAUUUGCACUUUUUAAAAAAAUGUUAUCGGCCUAUAAUGUAAUAACUGACCAAUAACGUAAUAAAAGCCCUAAACCUA